AUGAAAAAGCAACUUAACGAUGAGGAUGGUACCACUCUAUACUCUGCAGAUGGUAUUUUAAAGUUGUAUGGUGUGAAAGACCUAGAGAUCCUUCUUUUGGAGACCUCGUCGUUUUGCGGCUGCACCAGUAAUGUCAAAAUAGAUUUUGACCAUCACAAGGGACUUUUUGGUACGUUGGCGAUGAUUAAGACGAUCGCAUAUAUAUAUUACUUUGGGUCUGUUGACACCUUCACGAAGAUUAAGAUCCUAUUUACACAUGCUGCAGGUACAAUCAUUUACCUCUGGAGCUUAAAGUAUGUCAAGGAUGGCCCCAUUUAUGAACUUUGGUUAGAAGGCUUUUUAAACAUUGAACCUAAAUUUGAAGACAGGUUCGAAAUGUUGCCUAAAAUGAUAAACUUUUACUGAAUGGUCAGAGUAAAAUAAAUGCUUAUACUUCUAG